AUGGCCGUAGAAUUCCUCCUCUCUCCCCCUUCCCUCCUCUUCCUCUUCCUUCUCCUAGCCAUCCCCCCUGGUUCCCCCUCUUCCCCACCGGUGCCACCACCACCAGGUAAAGUGGUGAUUACAGCUUUUAGGGUUGCUUCUUCUUCUUCUUCCUCUUGACCUUCUUUCAGCAGGGUGGGUUGCCGGAGAUGCCGCCGCCGGAGGGCCCUUCGUGGGCGUGAACCUCGGCACGGACGUGUCCAACCUGCUGCCGCCGGCGGACCUGGUCGCCUUCCUCCGCCUGCAGCGCAUCAGCCAUGUCCGCCUCCUCUCUCCGGUCCUGGAGAUCCUCGCCGCCCUCGCCGGCACCGGCAUCCGCGUCUGUCUGUGCGUCCCCAACAACCAGCUGCUCGCCAUCGGAGCCUCCAACUCCACCGCCGCCGCCUGGGUGGCGCGUUACGUCCUGCAUUUCCACCCGGGGACCCUCGUCACCCUCCUCUCCGUCGGCGACGAGGUCCUCACCGCCAAUCCCUCUGCCGCCCCGAUGCUCCUCCCCGCCAUCCUCAACCUCGCCGCCGCCGUCGCCGCCGCCGGCCUCGACAAGACCGUGAAAAUCUCCACCCCUCACUCUUUCUCCGUCAUCCACAACCCCUUCCCGCCGUCGCAGGCCUACUUCAACCAGACCCUCGUCGCCCCCUACCUCCUCCCCCUCCUCCGCUUCCUCUCCGACACGGCGGCGCCGCUGAUGCUCAACCUGUACCCAUACUACGUGCUCACCCUCGCCGGCGGCGUCGUCCCCCUGGACAGCGCUCUAUUCAGGCCGCUGCCGCCGGGGAAGGAAGAAGUCGACCCCAACACGCUCCUCCACUACACCAACCUGUUCGACGCAAUGAUCGACGCCGCAUACUUCUCCCUGCGGAACCUCAACUUCAGCGGCGUUCCGGUCCUGGUGACGGAGACCGGGUGGCCGCACGGCGGCGAUAGCCGGCAGGAGCCCCACGCGACGGCGGAAAAUGCCGACGCCUACAACUCUAACCUGAUCCGGCACCUGCUGCUGGAGCGGGCCGGCACGCCGCUGCGACCGGAGGCCACGCCGAGCGCGUACAUCUACGAGCUGUUCGACGAGGACCUGCGCGCGGGGCCGGCGUCGGAGACGAAGUGGGGGCUGUUCGCCGGCGACGGGGCGCCGGCGUACCUGCUGCAUGUGGCGGGCAGCGGGGGGUUCCUGGCAAAGGACACGGCGGAGAGGACGUUCUGCGUGGCCGCGCCGCCGGCGGAGGCGGAGGAGAGGACGCUGCAAGCGGCGCUGGACUGGGCGUGCGGGCCGGGGAAGGCGGACUGCGCAGGGAUUCAGCCGGGGGAGGCGUGCUACGCGCCAAAUUCCGUGAGGGCGCACGCGUCGUACGCGUUCGACAGCUACUACCAGCGACAUGGCAAGGCGGCGGGCUCCUGCUCCUUCCACGGCGCCGCCAUGGUCACCACCACCGACCCGAGUGAGUCAUCCAUCUGCUUUCUUCUCCCCUCUCUCUAUCUCACUCUCUCUCUCUCCCUCUCUCUCUAACAGUAAUUAUCGGGUGAUUAGUGGGGGAGACAUGGCGGGGCCGCCUCUAUUAAAUGCUCAAUUGCUGCCUUUAGACAAAAGAAUGCUUUACCCUGACUUCUUACGCUAUUGUAGAUGUAGCCCUGAUCCAUACUAUCUCCAGUUAAGUGCUACUAUAGCUAUGCAUUCCGAAGUUUUCCCCAGUUUUAAUGCGCCAACUGAUUUGAUGAUUCGGGAAAGACGAACAUAAUAUCUUGGAUUAAGGGGUUUUUCUCUACAUGUUUCAUUGUUUAGUGACAUUUCUGUAAUUCGCUUCUGAGUCGGUCUGCUUUUGCUGCUGCAGGUCACGGGCGAUGUAUCUUUCCUGGAAGGUGA